AUGGAUGGUCAAGCUGCAAUUAUCACGCCCCGUAAGGUGACUUCUGGUUUAGGGUCCCGUCGGGUGAAGGCAAUUGCAGCAGCUAAACAUCACACUGUUGUCGCCACAGAGGGUGGGGAAGUAUUCACUUGGGGAUCCAACAGAGAGGGUCAGCUUGGCUACCCUUCAGUGGAUACGCAACCCACACCUCGCAGAGUGAGUUCCUUGAGGUCAAAAUUUUUUUCUGUAGCUGCAGCAAACAAACAUACUGCUGUAGUUUCUGAGACUGGUGAAGUUUUCACAUGGGGAUGCAACAGGGAGGGUCAGCUUGGUUAUGGCACGUCUAACUCAGCAUCAAAUUACACACCAAGAGUGGUUGAAUACUUGAAAGGCAAGGUUUUCUCUAGGGUAGCAGCUGCAAAAUACCACACGGUUGUUUUAGGAGCUGAUGGCGAGGUAUGCACUUGGGGUCAUCGACUUGUUACUCCUAGACGUGUAGUUAUCGCUAGAAACUUGAAGAAAGGUGGAACUACCAUUUUGAAGUUUCAUCGUAUGGAACAGCUUCAUGUGGUAGCCGUUGCUGCAGGGAUGGUGCACAGUGUGGCUCUUACUGAUGAUGGUGCUAUAUUUUAUUGGGUCUCCUCAGAUCCUGAUCUCAGAUGUCAGCAGUUAUAUUCGCUAUGUGGAAGAAAUUUGGUGAGUAUUUCUGCAGGAAAGUACUGGAUUGCUGCAAUUACAGCAACAGGUGAUGUUUACAUGUGGGAUGGGAAGAAAGGUAAGGAUAAGCUGCCCGUUGCAUCUCGGUUGCAUGGUGUAAAGAGGGCUACUUCAGUUUCAGUAGGUGAAACACAUUUAUUGAUUGUUGGUUCUUUGUAUCAUCCUGUCUAUCCUCCCAAUGUGGCUGGAAAUCCUCAGAAGCUCAAGCUGAAUGUCAGGGACGAGCCAGAGGAGUUUGAUGAAGAUUUUAUGUUUAAUGAUCUGGAGUCCAUUAAUCUGUUAUCCACCGUACAAAAGGAUGACUGUGGGCAUAGGCCCAUACCAAGCUUAAAAAGUCUUUGUGAAAAAGUGGCAGCGGAAUGUCUAGUGGAGCCACAGAAUGCUAUACAACUGCUUGAGAUUGCAGAUUCACUGGAAGCAAAUGAUCUGAGGAAGCACUGUGAGAUCUGAGCCCUCAAGCCUCCACCCUCCUGCCUGACAUUGUUGAAAUAGGUCCUCUGCCAAGCUUUAUAUGAGAAGAUGAGGAGUCACACUAUGCUUUUUAUAUCCUAACUCGCCUUGGACUGCAAUAUAAGUGCUCAAGUAGUUCUAAGAUUCAGUAUAUGUUUGCAAACCACGAAUCCAAUUCACAACAUGCAAGUCCAGGCAAAGCUUCUUUGAGGUUACAGUUGAUCAAUCAGCGUGCAGAUUUCUCCUUUGCUUUAUUUUCAGGCAGUUUGGCAAAUCAGAAACUGGUGGCAGUUUCAAAUUUCAUAUCAUUUGACAAUCCUAAAGCACCACUAUAUCCAUGCCUUGCUCAGGGAAAGUCUUGGAAUGAGGUGUUUUCCCAGUAAUUUUGAUCCCAUAUUUGUUCCUCAAGAUAAAGAUGUGUCUAAUUGUGUAGGUUCUGCUGAGCUGCAUCAUAGCCCUUCAAUUGUUGAAUUUGAUGAGAUAUCAUCACAAAUAUCUUGUUGUGACGUUCAGUCUUUGAGUGAAUUGUCAAUCCCCAAGAGUCCUCCUGCUUUACUAAAAGGCAGCGUAACAACUUUAAACAUGGAUGUACUUGAGCAGACAGUGUUGCAUGUUCAAAAUCAGCUUCUUACCCAUCUUGAAUCAAUGAAUACGCUGGGAUACGAGUCCAUGACAUAGAUGGUGGAGUCUACUUUUAUUGUUUUGGAUCGUCUAUUAGUUAAUUAUACACCUUUUCAAGAGCGUGUGAAGGAGUUCAUUGCCUGUGCAUCCUCAUUUGCUGAUAUAGAGCAGUCUAUCAACAACAAAUGUUCUUUUCAAGAUUUGCUGGAGCGGUUACAUAGUGAGAAAGUAAGGUAUGAUGAUAUUUUUCGCAUCCACAACAAAAUAAUGACUGCAUUUACAGACUCCAAUCAUCGUCUUCAGUCACUUCGUGAAGAGGCUUCCUGUGUCAAAGAGUUGCUUCUCCAAAUUGGGAAUCAGUUGUCAAGUUGUGAGGCUGAGACUAAGGAGCUAGAGACUCAUGUAGGUGAGGUUUCUAGGGAUAUGUUGGAGUCUCAAAAGAGUUUGCAGACUGCAUCUCAGGAAGCAGAAGAGGCAACAAAAUUUUGUCAUCAAAGGGAGCAAAAGCGUAAUGCUGCCAAGGCAACCUUAGAGAAGCCAUGAGUUAAGCUUCAGCAGUGAUUGUAUAUUAAGGUAUUCUCAAUGUGAAAUACAACAAUGAUGUUUAUAUAUGUAGAUUAUGCUGGAUGAUAGUGUAGAUUGAUGUGUCUCCUUAGUCCUUUCCCCCUUUUCUCUUUCAAAGUAGAAGUGCUAACCAACUUUUUGCAAGCU